AUGGCCGCCCUCCGUAAAACACACCCCCUAUUAAAAAUCGCAAAUCAUGCACUUGUUGACCUGCCGGCCCCUUCAAAUAUUUCAGUUUGAUGAAAUUUCGGUUCGCUCUUAGGCCUAUGCUUGAUUUCCCAAAUUCUUACAGGUCUAUUUUUAGCUAUACAUUAUACUUCAGAUAUCGCAACAGCCUUCUCCUCCAUCGCACACAUUUGUCGAGAUGUUAACUAUGGCUGACUUAUUCGUAAUCUUCACGCCAAUGGUGCAUCUUUCUUCUUUAUUUGUAUUUAUCUUCACAUUGGCCGAGGCCUGUACUACGGCUCAUACCUGUAUAAAGAAACAUGAAACAUCGGGGUAAUCCUUCUCCUCUUAGUAAUAAUGACAGCCUUCGUAGGCUAUGUGUUGCCCUGAGGACAAAUAUCUUUUUGAGGCGCUACAGUUAUUACUAAUCUAUUAUCCGCCGUACCUUAUGUAGGUAAUACACUAGUUCAGUGGAUUUGAGGGGGCUUUUCAGUAGAUAACGCCACUCUUACACGGUUCUUCGCGUUCCACUUCCUAUUCCCAUUCGUAAUCGCUGGUGCCACAAUACUACACCUCCUUUUUCUUCAUCAAACGGGCUCCAAUAACCCCUUAGGCCUUAACUCAGAUGUAGAUAAAAUCUCAUUCCACCCCUACUUCUCAUACAAAGAUCUCCUAGGGUUCGCAAUUGUUCUAAUUGGAUUAACUAGCCUCGCACUGUUUUCCCCUAACCUCCUAGGAGACCCAGACAAUUUUACACCAGCCAAUCCGCUGGUAACCCCUCCCCAUAUUAAGCCCGAGUGAUACUUUUUAUUUGCCUACGCUAUUCUUCGCUCAAUCCCAAACAAACUAGGCGGGGUGUUGGCAUUACUAGCAUCUAUUCUAGUACUUAUAGUAGUACCCUAUUUACAUACAUCAAAACAACGAAGUAUAACAUUCCGACCCGUAACACAGUUUUUAUUCUGGGCUCUCGUCGCUGAUGUUAUAAUUCUCACUUGAAUUGGAGGCAUGCCCGUUGAGCACCCUUUCAUUAUUAUCGGCCAAGUUGCUUCCUUACUGUAUUUCCUCUUGUUCCUUGUCUUCAUCCCCGUUGUUGGAGAAUUAGAGAACAAAGCUUUAGAGUGGCUUU